AUGGUUGCUGUUUUGAACCAAGGCUUAGGAUAUGGAAUCGUCUUGGGUUUCGGACUGGUAUUUGCAGGUAUCAUGACCUUGAUCACUAUGAUCCAAAAGCGUUUCUUGGGCGAGAAGAUUACCUCGGAAGAAUACAUGGCUGCUGGUCGAAAUGUUAAGACGGGCUUAGUUGCUUCAGCUGUUGUGUCAUCAUGGACAUGGGCAGCUACUUUGUUACAGUCAUCCUCGGUUGCUUACAAAUAUGGUAUUUCAGGUCCUUUUUGGUAUGCCUCUGGAGCUAGUGUACAGGUGUUACUGUUUUCAGUUCUGGCUAUCGAAUUGAAGCGCAAGUGUCCUAACGCACACACUUUUCUUGAGAUUAUCUCAAUCCGCUAUGGCCGCAAAGCUCAUUUCGUUUUCUUGUUCUUUGGACUACUUACUAAUAUCAUUGUCAGUGCAAUGCUAUUACUCGGUGGUUCUGCAGUGGUAACUGCUUUGACGGGGAUGAACACUAUUGCAGCCUGCUUCCUGUUACCUCUAGGUGUGAUUAUCUAUACACUCUUUGGAGGUCUCAAAGCGACAUUCGUGGCAGAUUAUACACACACAGUUGUCAUUAUGUUCAUCGUCCUGCUCUUCAGCUUUACUGCGUAUGCGAGCUCAGAUCUGAUUGGAAGCCCCGGUAGGAUGUAUGAUCUAUUGCAUGAAGCUGCUGAACGUCAUCCGGUCAGCGGAAACCAUGCAGGAAGCUAUUUAACGAUGGCCAGCUCACAGGGACUGAUGUUCGGUAUAAUCAACUUGUGCUCCAACUUUGGAACGGUCUUUAUCGAUAAUGCCUACUGGCAGCGUGCCAUAGCUGCUUCUCCCCAUUCGACAGUCAAGGCUUACCUGAUCGGCGGCCUCUCCUGGUUUGCUAUCCCCUUCACAUUGGCGACAACACUCGGUAUUGCGGCAGUAGCCCUUGAAUCGAACGAACGUUUCCCAACAUUCCCCAAUCGUAUCUUACCCAGUGAUGUCUCGGCUGGUCUGGUGGCUCCUAAUGCAGCUGUUGCACUAUUAGGCACAGGAGGAGCCGUGGCGGUUUUGCUAUUGGUUUUUAUGGCGGUUACUUCCGCUGCCAGUGCUGAGCUGAUUGCGGUUAGUUCUGUCUGCACCUUUGAUGUCUACAGAGCCUAUAUUAAUCCUAUGGCUACUGGUAAACAGCUCAUCAGAGUCUCGCAUGCGGUUGUCGCCGGAUUUGGAAUCAUCAUGGGUGUCCUUGCUGUGAUUCUUAAAGAGGCAGGAAUAGAUCUUGGAUAUCUUUAUUCUUUAAUGGGUGUGUUGAUCUCCUCCGCUGUGCUCCCAGUGACAUUUUCACUCAUGUGGAAGAAACAGAAUGCAUUGGCUGCAAUUGCUGGUCCCAUUGGAGGACUAUGUAUCUCCAUUCCUGCUUGGCUCAUCUGUGCGAAGUUGUAUUCGGGUGAAAUCACUAUUGCAACCACUAGCACGGAUCAGGCGAUGUUGGCUGGCAACCUGGCAGCGUUGAUCAGUGGCGGAUUGAUUUCAGCCAUCAUUUCAUGGAUCAAGCCCGACAACUACACGUUUGAAGGUACACGAUCAUUGCGACAGGUCACGGAUGACGCUACGCCCACACCUGAAAGUAAUAAUUCAACGGAAGAUAUAUCUCCCAAGGAAGAGUGGAGCUUUGAUGCUGAAGAGGAUGCCAAGCUGGCAAGGGCCUCGAGGUUUGCUCGCUGGAGUUCUGGUACGAUGACGGUGGUCUUGAUCCUUCUGUGGCCUUUGCCCAUGUUCUUUUCGAAUUAUGUGUUCUCUCGUGGCUUCUAUACCGGAUGGGUGAUACUCAGUAUUAUUUGGGCCAUCUGUUCGACCAUUGCAGUAACGAUCUACCCGAUUUGGGAGUCGCGUGGAGCCAUUGGAGAGGUCUUUAAGGGGAUGUAUAACUUUAUUACCGAAAAGCAAUCUACUGCGGUUGUUUAA